GAUGAAAAGAGGAAAACUUAUCACUAUACUCUAAGCAUUCCUACAUGUGCUCCUAAUAUUGCCUUAGCCGUUGGGUGAGUAACUUUGUCACAGGGUUAUAAAAGAGGCUGAUGUGUCUCUACAUUUAUCAAAAUUCAAGCAGUUAUUAGGAACUGCCAACAAAUUUCGAAACAUAAAAUAACCACUCAAACAACAAAGAAGGUAUAGAUAACAAGGCAAAUACAAAGAAGGCAAGGAUGGAUAAACUUGAAGAAAAAUAAAAAAUGGAUUGCAAUUGUGGGUUUUAAAAACUAAAUAUUAGCCUAACAGCUUUUCAAAGUUCAUUUUUGUUGAUAUUAUGCUUAUGAGGCAUAUUUGUUGGACAAGAAGUUGUAAUGUUGUCAUUUACAAGUUGUUUCUUUGCUAACAUUGAGUUCUGUACCACAUAUGAACAGGUAAAUUAAAAUAUUGACAAAAUGAAUUACACAGCCGUAAAACGUCCCCCUAAUAAUUAAAUACUGGCAAGUUUUUCAUUGUCAGUGCUCGCACAAAGUUUGGGUAGAAUUGAAGGUUUAAAUUAAAUUAUAACCACAGAACAGGCAAGAAAAUUUGAUUCAAAGUCUAUGUGUAUUUUGAUUUGAGAAUCAAAACUAAAAUAGAAAUGUAAUAUUUGUAAAAAAUUGCCUUUAGAAUGAUAAUUACACUGUACAUGUAUGUCAAAUACAAUUGUUUCCAUCUUAGAAGAACAUACUGCUGAAAGCCAAUGCCAAACUAACAAUCUUGCCUUCUUGUUAAGUUCAUUACUUGUAAUUUACUAAGUAAUAAUUGUAAUGUGUAAUGUGGUUGACAUUUAUUCCUCUUAUACAGACCAUUUGAGAUUCACGUAGACCCUGUGAUGCCAGAAGUAACGCACUUCUGUCUGCCUGGACUUCUUCCAGUUCUAAAGAAUACUACUGCGUUUCUUCAUGAGGCAUUUGAGUUUUACGAAGAAUACCUCAGCUGCCGCUAUCCAUAUACCUACUACAAGCAAGUAUUUGUUGACCAAGCUUAUGAUGUCCUGUCACCAUAUGCAUCCAUGACAAUUUUUAAGUAAGUCUGAAGUUAGUAUAGAGGUUAUGUUUCUUUUUCUUUGUUCUUUUUCUUUUGUUUUUUAUUUUUUAGUUGUGAAUUGUCUACUUGCAUAUGAUGCUCUACAAUGAAUUUUUCCUAUUUGAUGUUUGCAGUUCAAUGUUCACCAUUUUAACUUACUGUCUCUAUAUGUGGUUUUUUUGAUGAGUGCAUGGUUGUAAUUUUUAUUUUAUUCCAGUACAAGCCUACUUCACUCUUCAAGGAUCAUUGACCAGGGAUUUGAGACCAGGAAAUAUUUAUCCCAAGCAUUAGCAGAGCAGUUUUUUGGAUGUUACCUCUGUUUACAGACAUGGUAUCUUGUUACUUACAGAUAAUGUAGUGAUCGAAUGCUAAAGUUUUGUUCUUUAUUCGUUUUGCCAGGUGUGGAUUAAAUAAUUGCUUGUCUGACAUACAUGUAGUCAUAUAUAAGGGCCAUUAGUAGGCAGGCAAUUAAACAGCUAGGAUGUUCUUUUGGUUGUAUUUUCCUUUGGUUUCCUUUGAGGCUAUAAGUGGGGGUCAUACGCAUCUCAUAUUUGGUGGGGGAAAUUCCUGGCCCAUUGUCCUUAGUGACAGCCUGUAAUUGGUCAGCUAGGGUUAAAAACUCCAUUCUACAGUGCUGAAAGUGGUUGUUUAGGUUACAAGACAAUUGUCAAGGUCUUUCAAAACUUCUUAGAAUUAUAUCAGCUCUCUUUGACAGCAGGCAAUGGCAACAGAUUUUCUUGUGUAGUGGAAUAGCUCAUUGUUGUGGUGUUUCUGUGAAGUGAUCUGUUAUUAGGACUGUCGAUAUUACUUUUGUAAACAGGUCAGAUUACUGGUUAGCAAGAGGAAUAUCAGGAUACAUGUUUGGUUUAUUCAUGAAAAAGAUGCUCGGUAACAAUGAGUACAGGAACUGGAUGAUAGAGGUCAGUACUCAUUAAGAUGAAGCUCACUGUGACUUAAGUGACAAAAACACUUUUUAUGCAAGAACAUGUGACAGUCCACUUCAGCAGUUUAUGAACAUUGUACGGACUUUGAGAAUCAAAUCAGAGGGCCGUAAGUACAAACGUUGGGUUAAGGGGCUGCUGCUAAGCAAGAAACUACUGCAGUGUACGCCCAACAUUCAACAUUGAACAGGAAUGGAGGCCUUUAUUUACGAUCUGUAUAUGGUGCUUUGGAAUGGUUACGUGACAGACGGUCACCCGAGACCUUUAAAUGACUAAGACAGACGCUGUAAUAGGGAACUUAAGCAAAGACGUUUUUGAGCAACACACGUGAGCUUGAAGUGGACUGUUUUCAUGCUUGCGCAUAGUUGUUUAAACCAAAUUUUUUGGUAAGUCGAAAAGAUACGUAGCAAAACAAAUUUGGUAGCACCGAGGAAAAAGGGAAAAGCUUUACUUUGGGUCAACAUGCAUCGCUCAAACUCGUCUUUGCCUAAGCUUUUUCUGUUUUCUUCUUCAAAAAUUUGGUUUAUCAACUACAAUAGCCUGUGUCACAGACGAAACUAAACCUCUGGAUAAGUCUGUCUAUGAGCCAGCGCCCAAAUCCGUGUUCGGGGCCCCACCUUUGUACCAGGAUUUGAGUACGUGUUAUGAUUGGCUUGUUAAAAACCCAUUGUCGAUUUGCGGUUUCAGUAAAAUUCUUUUAUGAAACAAUUAUGCAUUACAUGUUGCUCAUGAAAAAUGAAUUCUGUUAGUGAUUACCCCUGGUGGUAGUCACAAGUCGAAACAUUUGGUUAAGGUAAUAACUUCGUUACGGUAAUUGUAUAGCUCAAUACGCGAGCGGGAAAGAGAAUCCUGUGCUCUCAUUGGCUACCCGAGCGGGCAAGAUAGACCCAUCAAAUUUUCGCUCGUUGGUCCCGCGAGAGAACGUAUUCUUUUUAGCAAUACAACAAAUCCCUUAUUGACCAUGUUUGUUCGGUCAAGAAGGCUGGAUUUUGAACUCGUUCUCUUUUGCGUUUUUAUUGACCUCGAAUAAAGAGGAGAAGUGUGACGUCUCGUUACCAUGGUAGCAAAAAUUUCUGGAUCACAAUAAUGGGGAGCUUAAGCAACAACGACGGCGAGGGCAACGAGAACGGCGAAAAAGGUAUCGGUUUAUAUUAGCAAGACAACAACUGUGUAGGUGCAUCACACUUUUUUGUACAUUUCUUGGCCGUCGUUAGAAGUCUGCGACAUGAAACUUCCUAAUUCACGCGCCCGCUUUAUGGAGUUGGUGAACACAGCACAAGAAUUUUCUUUUUCUUUUCCUUAACUUAGAUACGAUCCAUUCGGAUUCAACUUCAACAAUUUCGCCAAGAUUUUACAAAUUAAAUGAAAUUGAAUAAGAUCGGUGACGUUUGAAACAGUGCGAAUUCUCUUUUUACGUGACGUUUUCGCUUUGUUUUCAUCCAGAAAUUUUGCUACCAUGACAACUUGACGGAACGACUUCUCCUCUCUAUCUGUAUUGGUUCAUCAAUAACUCAAUUUUGCCAUCUUUAGGAGUCCAAACAAGUUUGCCAGUAUGAAAUGCAAGGUCCCGGCAUCCCACCGCUCUACAACUCUGGCUUGUUGUCCAUGGCAACUGGCUCCUCUUCAAGCCAGGCACCAGAGUCUCCGUCUCAAGCGAGCCCUAAUUUGCAUCCUCAUUUGACCUCAGGAAGGAACCUAGAGAUAGUGUGGAGUAAAUCACACCUUGUUAUGCGAAUGAUUGAAAUGCGCAUUGGACAGGAACCUUUACUACAGGUAUGUGAGGUUUCUUGGCCGAAUUUUAGGGGAUUAGGAAAUCAUGAUAUGAAAAAAUUACUGUAAACAGUUGGUAAAUUCACAGCCACUUGUCCUUCGUUGAGAGUGUUGUACUUGCCAAGGACUAUCUUAAGGCUACUAGCGAGCUUAAUUAAGCAACUGCAGUAGCGACGGCAGCGAAAACGUCACAGAAAAACAGUGAAUUCAUGCUGCUUCAAACUUCUUCACUCUUAUUCCAUCUCGUUGAAUAUGUCAAGUGUUAGCGAAUUUUUCUGGAGUUGAAUUCUAAAAGACUAUCUAAGUUCAGAAAAAAGAAAAACCAAAUCUUUUUCUCGUGUUCACGUCAUUUUAAAAUCGUGAGAUUAGGAAGUUUAACCUCGCCAUUAUCGUUCUUUAAAUUCCCUUGCAGGUAUUUAAUAAGCUGUUGUCACUUGCAAACAGUGCAGCACAGCCUAAAGCAGACUUCAGUCUCUGGACCAACUUACUUCUCUCGACGAGUGGGGUAAGACAUUGCGUUUUUGAAAUACUACUGUUAGCUUUUUAAAGCUCAUUUCUUAAAUUUCCAUUGUCUUAUCUACUUGAUAAUGCUCUUUUGUUUUGUUAACAGUUUUUGAAAUCCAUUUCCACGGUUUCCGGCAAGGAUAUCAAUGUGUUUGUUGAUCAGUGGAUGUAUCCUUUUACGUAGAGUAGCGAAGAGUGAUUAUGAUAAUACACUGACUUAGUUUGGCUACGUGUAGAAGGUUGCCAAUGUGACUACUGAUGACAACAAUUUUUAUGUAACAUUCAGUAACAGGUUUAGUAAUGCCGUUAAUUCGAAAAAAUAAAAGACUAUUGUUCCUUAACCUUGUCGUAGUUGUCACAGUGGUGUGGCCAAAUUCCAUGGGAGUUUUGUUUUCAACAGAAAGCGUAACAUUGUUGAGCUUGAAAUAAAGCAGGAUAUGUCUCGUGGGACAGCUAAAUAUGUGGUAAGAGCACAGGCUACCCAAGCUUGGUUGGUAAAAUACUUUAUCAUUCAACUUCAUUCAGUAGAGUACAAAUAACGCCCAAAACGAGUACAAAUAUCUCACUGUAUUUGUACUCCAGUGGACCGGUUUUCUACAAACUUCGCACGUGAGAGAAAGGGGAUCGUUUCCCGAAAUUGUAAGCUUGAACUGAAUAAAACUGUGUUUUUUAUAGAAUAAAGUUGCCUGAACAACAAUGAACUGUGAACAUUUAUUAAAAAUAUCCUCAAAAUACAACAGAGAUGAAAACAGACCUGAACGAGUGUGAUCAUCUGUGUGAUAGAGACGGUGAUGGCGACAAUCCGUGACACAAACAACGGCCAUUAAAUACAAUCCCCGCGGAGGAACUUCACAGUGUUCACUUCUAGUUAAAAUGACAUGAAAAUGAGCGCACCGUCUGUCUUAGGUUUGUUAGUCAGUUGACUAUUCUGAGCUAUCAACGUAAAAUAAUGACUCGCUAUCAUUUUUUACCUUUAUCUUUAGAGACUAUUUUGAAAUGUACUUUUCCUUAGUGUAUUACAUCUUCCAUAUCGUGGUAUUACUUGUUUUCGAAAGAAGUAGGUCUCACUGAUUAUGCCUACGUGGAUGGCUAACUGCAUGUUUACUUACACUGAGUGCUUACUGCAUAUUGUUUUACUUAAUCUGCUUUCAGGGUCCCCUAACAGUCUGUGUACAGGAGCUGGAUGGAUCGUUUAAUCACACCGUGCAGAUUGAAGAUGUCUACAGCCGCCAUGAGCUGCCCUGUCAUUCCAAGAGUCGCAGGUUAGAUAUUAAUAUAAUGUAGUUUCAUACUUGAUGAAUAUUAAUCUCAGGGGCACCCAACGAUGUUUUCCUCCUAAUACAUUGAAAACCCUUUUUUAGGCUAUCCAGAGUACUUUUAGGUAUCUAGAAAUGCAUUCUAAGCGGCGCUAUAAAAUUUGUAUCUUUUCGGUCAUCCUAGGGGACCUUGAGUAUUUUCGAAAUUACAAGGGUUUGAGUGUUAUUUCUCCGAAAAUUUUAGAUGAAAUUUGACGUAUUACGGAAGUGAGACAUUUUCUGAUUCUUAACACCACCACACUUUUUAAUCCGAAAAUUUCAGGUUCCCUUUUUUCUACGAAAAAUAGCCUAAGUUGGGAAGAAAAAUGUGAAAAUUAAACUUAAGAAAAGCGUAGGGAAUAUUAUAAGACAAGCUUCGAAAAUUGUACGUGAAUGGAACGGUCAUCUAGAAAUUUUUUGCCUUCCUCAAGUAAAAGAAAAUUCUAGGCAAUAUGUGCUUCUCCGAACCGAUAUUUUACAGAAAACAGUCGUUGGGUGCCCCUGUAAUCUAAGGGUGGAUUCACCUGCAGCAUUCGCGUGUAACCGUUGCAUUUUGACGUUAUCACAUGCAAUUGUUUUAUUGCGACGGCUACACGCGCAUGUUGCAUGUGAAUAGACUAUAUUUUCGACAUAUUAAAACUGAUACUUGGCUGCGAGGCUUGGGGGAAUGAAACAAAAGAAACCAUCUUUAAGCUUAAUAAUGAAUCAUACAUUUCUUUUGUUUUAUUCCUUCAAGCCUCGCAGCCAAGUAUCAAUUUUAAAAUAUCGAAAAGAGUCUAUUCACCUUACUCUUAGUUAUUAUCUUGCUCAGUCUUAAUCUGCUAAUGAUGCUAUUUUUGUGAUCGUGUAGCUGAUUGAGUAUAAAGUGAUCGAUUGGGCCUCCUAUGCGACAAUGUGUCAUUUUUUUCAAUAAAUGGUGGCAUAAAUCAAAUGAUGUUUGGUUCUCAAAUUUUAAAAGGAAUAAGAAAAAGAAGAUUCCUCUAAUGACGGGAGAAGAAGUGGAUAUUAACCUUGAUGCAAUGGAGUAAGUACCAACUACAUUCGCCUUAUUAAAAAAAAAACGUAGUUAUUUCAGCCAAUCACAGCAGAUACUAGAAAACGGACCAACCAAUCAGAACUCGGUGGUGUAGUGAGUGCGUUGAAAAGCGCGGGAAACUAGUAAUCAGAACUUAUUUAAUACAGGUUUAUAAUUGGAAAAUAGCUCAGAUGUUUUGUUUUUUAAUCCUUUUAUAGAAAUAUUGAUUUUUAUAUUUCAAACAAUAUGAAUGUUCCACAAUAGCACGUCACAAGUGACCUGUGAACACGUUAAUAUAUUGGAACAUGAAAGAUAGUGUAUAAGGGACAUUACGAACGGUAGACUAUAAACUGACUUUGCGUACGCGGGGAAAAGGCCAACUAAUUGAUCAAAGAUUUGUGGAUUAACUUUAAAACACUAAUCGAUUAUAUUUUGAUGUUGCCACAGCUCUGAUUCGCCAGUCUUGUGGGUUCGUAUUGAUCCUGAGGUGACAUGGCUUCGACAUGUAACCUUUGAACAGCCUGACUACAUGUGGCAGUACCAACUUAGACACGAAAGAGAUGUUAUUGCACAGUGUGAGGUACAAGAAUUUACUGAACCAUUGUUAAUAGUCUCGGCUCUUGGCGGAUAAAAACGUACAUGCGAUCCACGGUUCUAUCAUCCUCAGCCCUCUUAGACUCCUCUUGUUCGCGUACAGUAUAGAGAGAUACCCAUUGACUGCGAAAGAGUAAUCGACGUUUGUCACUGAAAAAAGCCAAGAAGCUGCAAGAAGACUUAUGUGGGCCCACAAUGUAAACUACUGGGUUUACCAGUGAUUUUGACAGCCAUUACAGCUUUAUUUAUUUAUUUAUUUAAGACUUGCAUUUUAGGGACCGAUAGUAGAUAAUUGACACCGACGCGUAGAUUUUCUUCCUAGACCUCCUAGUGUUGAUUAUGGCAUUCUAUUUCGGAAAAUGUUCUAUAAAAAAUGUGCACUUGUACAGGGUCGAGUCAACGAUAAAUUUUGAAAGUUAUUAUUCCCAUCAGACUUUGGCAAAAAAGUUGAUAUCAGGAAAGUUGUUGUUUUGAAUCAUUUAAACACGACUAUUUUAUGAAGCCUUUUAUCGAUGCACUAAAUAUUUAUUUUUUUCUUUAGAUGUCCGGAUUGUAUUUUAAUUAUUAUAGCUGUUGUUAACAGUCCUCAUUAGGGCAGUGCUGUUAGUUUUUUUUAUAUGUGAUCAAAAGAACAUUUAUAAUAGCAACGAACUCUGGCCGGAGACAGGAUAAAUGACAUGAUUGUGUGGUUGAAUGAGGUUCAUUGUUAGGGCUUAUCAGAUAACAGAGCGAGUGGGUAUUUUCCCAGCAGAGCAAUUCUGUGACUUCCUGGGCGUAAACGAAAAAAAAAAGGCUUGGCUACGCCCCUGAUUGCUAAACUAAGCAAACUAAGGAACUUGUUUCUUAAAAUCAUAGGCUAUUGCUGCACUAGAGAAAUUUCCCACUCAGGCAACCAGACAGGCUCUAAUAGAUAUCAUCAACCAAAACGAGUGUUUCUUCAGAGUAAGGCUCCAAGCAUGUUUUUGCCUUGCUAAGGUG